AUGAAAUUGUUUGAGUCUAAGGAAGCACGCAUUGUUACUUUCUCGAAAAGGAAAAAAGGCUUGUUGAAGAAAGCAACUCUGACCAGAGCAGAUGUUGGUGUUUUACUCUUUUCACCAAGUGGAAAAACAUUUUCUUGUGGCUCCACAAGUAUAGAAAAAAUAAUAGAUAAAUUUCUUGAAUUGAAACUAGACGAUCUCCAUCAUGAUCAUGCUGCUGUAGGCAAAUCAAAUGUUUUUGAGGCAUUUGAAGAUCUUUGUAAAGAAGUGCAAGCAUUGGAAGAGAACGAAAAAGAGAGCCCUCACUCAAAAUAUACUGUCAGUCAAACUUAUGUUGGAGCAGUUCAUGGCAAUCAAGUUGUGGUUGGACAAAGAUAA